GUAAUUAGCUUUCAAGACGACACACCAAAGAUUCGGUACGAAAACCCGUGGGCGAGCUGUCAAGUUUCAGGAUAAUGCCGUAAAGUAAAAAAAUGAGAUAUAACAGAAUCUACCAUCGGAUCGGAAACGCGACCCACUGAGAAGAUCCGGCGAGAAACUCAGUGAGCUGUGUCUGAGGGUUAAUUUACUCGUCAAGCCCUUCGUCACAAGCGACGGGUUCGAUGAGAACGAUGACCGGUGCUUGAGGUACCUAAAAGCACCGUUAGUGGAUCGGGAGGAUCCGAAGUGACGUGUUUGGGGCGAUGUCGACUGCUUUCCAUUCUUUCCGCAGGAUCGGAAGGGUGGACGAGCUCACAGCCCGUCUGGUAUUAAGUGGUUACUGGAGCCCAUAGACAUCUAUCUACAACGUAAAUGCGCCACUCACCUUGAGAUAUAAGUUUUAAGGUCUCAUACAGGUGGUACAGGUACCUCAGGUAUAGGGGCAGCCGUUGUAACUAUACAACGGCUGCCCCACCCUUCAAGCCGAAACGCAUUACUGCUUCACGGCAGAAAUAGUCGGGGUGGUGGUACCUACCCGUGCGGACUCACAAGAGGUCCUACCAUCAUGGUCCUACCAAUGCGGGUAGGUACCACCACUCUGCCUAUUUCCAUUGCCAUAAAGCAGUAAUGCGUUUCGGUUUGAAAGGCGGGGCAGUAUUAAAAGUAAGACCCUUACAACUCUUGUCUCAAAGUUGGCAUUUACGUUGUAGAUACAUAACACCAGGUAGGUCGUGAGCCCGUCCACCCAAAUAAGCAAAAAAAAAAAAUAUUUUGGAAAUCAAAAUCGAUUAUAUCAUUUUUAUAAAAAAAAAAUUGUAGAAUUAUAAUUAUAAUAAUUUAUACAUCAUCACCCUGUAAGAAUUUUCACAAAAGGCAUAAAUUUAGUUAUGUCCGUCUUUAAGAAAGACUCUACCGUUUUAAUCAGGAUUAUGGCAACCAUUGUAUUGGGGCAUAGGCUUAGUCAAUAACAAUACCCAAUAAAUUAUAAACCGCAAUUGUCUACACUAAACGAUCAUCUGAAUCAUCAUCUUAACAUAGAGAUAUUCACCUAGAUUUAUUAAAAGGUUAUUUUUUUUUUGUCAUCUUAAUAGUUAUAGCAGUGAUUUAAAGAAAAAUAAAAUCUCUCCAGUAUGUAUCAUAGACCUGACUUCAGUGGUAUGUAUAUAUUAUGAAUAAAUUCUCUCCAGUAUAUAAUGUGAAAUAUUUUGGUGUUGAAAUGUCUUGCUACUAAUAAAAGUUUGUGAAUGUCACUGUCACCAUCAGUAAUACCUACGUGAAUCAUUUUGUCGUAAAAAUGGUAAAAUCAAGUAAUUCUUGCUGGCAACACUUCUCGGUACACUAGCGGAUUGUUUGGUCGGCUUUGGGUGUCAGCCGCUUUGUAAUUUCAGUGAUAAAUGUAGAAAUGGACAGUGUAAUUUUUGUUUAAGUGAAUAGAACAUGAUUUAAUUGUAUGGUUAUGUGAUUAUUAAAACGAUACGCUGUUUAGUUUACAUGAAAGACAGGUACUUCCGCCAUGACAAUGGGUACUGUGGUCGGGAAGUGUUCCUUCGCGUUUUUAGUUUAUUUGGCGUGUAUUGAACUUUUGUAUCCUGUUUUGGCUGAAGACAAUGGAAUUAGUUUAACAGCAAAAGGUGAAAUCGGUAAUGAAUCAAAUAUUACUUGUGUUGUGCCCCUAGAAAAUGCUACUGUUGAGUGGCAGUUUCAAGGAGAAUCACUCAAAAAAGAUAACAGACUACACAUCACCGCAUCUCAAGGUACACUGUCGAGGAAAGAUCAAGAUGGCUCAUUGCAGAAGACUACAAUUUCCACAAUCAUCAUAACCAAUACUACAUCAGAUUAUGAAGGGAAUUAUACUUGUAUAGCCAAGCAAGGAACCGAAGGACCCAGUAUAAAGGAGUCUAGAUUUCUGGACCUCAGUUUCCCAGGAAGGCUCAUAAACACAACUAAAAGUCCUAUCCGUGAAAAUGCUACUAAUCACAAUAAUGUCACUCUGGAAUGCAUAUUUGAAGUUUAUAAGCCUGGAACGGUCGUGUGGUCGAAGCGUGGCUCGGAAGACGACACCAGCAACCUGAACGAUAUAAAACAAGAGAAUAUAAACCUUAAACAAGUGAAGAGCUCCGUCGUGGUCCGCAUCCGGAACGCGGACAACGACGACGGCUCGUACGUCUGCGAGGUGGACGACCACGUCACUAGCAGGCGGCUGUCCGGCGUCAUCGACAUCCACGUGUACGCGAUGCCGGUCGUGGCCGUGGACAAGGCGGUCGCCGUCAACACCACCGAGGUCUUCCUCAACUGGACGGUCAAGUCCUACAGGCAGAAGAUCGCGAACUACACCCUGAUGUAUCGCGUGAACUCGUCCAACGAAACGUUUCGGUUUUGCCGCGAACCGAUAGACGUGAACAACACUUCGUUUGUGCUGAACGACCUGAACGCCUCCACGGAAUACCAGCUGGUCCUGCAGGUCACCACCGCCUACGGCACGAGCAAGUCCAAAAACGUGAUCGUGAGAACUUUGGACAAGGAACCGGUGUUUGUGCCGAACAUUUCUAUUAACGGUUUUUCCGCGACGUCAGUGACGAUAGGCUGGCAACCCCCGCCCGAAGAAAUAUCGUCUCUGAUCCACUACUACCUGUUAGAGGCGAGGAAGAAGGACGAGAACUCAACGAGGCGAGCCUACCACUCCGGAGGCAUCAUGAACCUGCCCUACAUGUUCGACAACUUGGAGCCUCACAGCACUUACAUAUUUCGGGUGCGCGCGUGCUCGGAGAUGACGCGGCGCUGCGGGCCCCGCUCGGCGGACAUGCAGGCGGCCACGCUGGACGGCACGCCGGGCCGCCCCGCGCGUCUCCGCCUCCGCUGCGGCGCGCGCUCCCUGCGCGUGAUGUGGGAGCCGCCCGAGCGACCCAACGCUGAGAUCAAGGGCUACAUGUUGGAAUUGACAGGGAAUGCUAAUUACAUAGAUAAAACGGGCAAGGAGCAGAAGACCACCUGGGGGCCCUUGUCGAAGUUCACCUCCAACGAUUCCAGGGAAGUCAGGUUCGAGGACCUGCAGCCCAACACGCAGUACACGGUGCGGCUGAGCGCCAUGACGCGCACGCGGCGCCGCGGCGAGGAGGAGCUGCAGCGCUGCACCACGGCGCGGGCCGGCCCCGACCUGCCGCCCAGCCCGCGCUGGAGGAAGAUAUUAGACAACGAUAAUUAUUAUUUCAAAGUGUACAUACCGCGUGUGUCGGAGAGAAACGGACCUAUAUGCUGCUACAGGGUGUACAUGGUCCGCGUGGCGGGCGACGCGUCGCUGCGGGAACUGUCCCCGCUGCGCGCCGGACACUCCGCGCACCUCGACGCCUACGUCACCGACAUCUUCUCCAACAAAAACUUCCCGCCGGAUUCCGAGCUGGUGAUGGGAGACGGGCGCUCGCACUACGACCCGGCGCGCGACCCCGCCCUCGCCGACGACAACUGCUCGCGCUGUCUCAAGGAACCCAAACGAUACACGGAGGCCGCGCCCUCGCCCCCCACCACCACCACCGCCCCCACCACCACCACCGCCCCCACCACCACCACCGCCCCCACCACCAGCACCGCCACCACCGUCGACGAGUACAUUGACGACGUGGACUACACCACCGACGAACCAGACUCCGCCGCGAGGAACGCACGACAUCUCGACAGUCAAAGCCCGCUCUUGGAAAGUAUUGAAGAUAAGGAGAAGGAAUGGGCGCCCUUCGACAGACCUUUGGAUCCCAACGCUGACUACACGCUCUACGUCGAACUCAUACCGGGCGUGCCGCACGAGGAGCCGCUGUACAGCGUGUUCCUGAACCUGCUGCGCGCCGCCGCGCCCCCCGCGCCCCCCUCCACGCCCUCGCCGCUCGAGCUCAUCCUGCAGGUGACGUGCGGCGUGGCGGCCGCGGUGCUGCUGGCCAUGCUCGCGUUCUGCGUGCUGCAAGCGCACCGCUUCAGGAAGCCGCCGCACGCGCACCUCGAAAUGAACCCUAUACAGUCGGCCUUAAGCUGCAUGGGGCUGGGCGGGCGCGGCGCGGGCGUGCGGGCGCGGGCGGCGCCGGUGCCCCGCGAGCAGCUCGCCGCCGCCUACCUGCAGCGCCAGCUCGACUCCGACUACGGCUUCCAGAACGAGUUCGAGUCCCUGCAGUCGGAGUGCCACGCGGACCGCACCACGCACGCGUCGGAGGCCCGCGAGAACCAGCACAAGAACCGCUACCCGGAUAUCAAGGCGUACGACCAGACCAGGGUCAAGCUCUCGCAGAUCGACAGCAUCACCGGCUCCGACUACAUCAACGCCAACUACGUCAUGGGGUACCAGGACCGUAAGAAGUUCAUCUGCGCUCAAGGACCGACGGACGCCACCGUCAACGACUUCUGGCGCAUGGUGUGGGAGCAGCGCAUCGAGCUCAUCGUCAUGCUCACCAACCUCGAGGAGUACUCCAAGGUCAAGUGCUCCAAGUACUGGCCGGACGAGGUGCGCGGCGUCAAGGCCUUCGGGAGCAUCGCCGUGACCCACGUCGCCGAGAAGCGGUACUCGGACUACAUCGUCAGGGAGCUGAGGAUCACGAAGCAGCAGCCCUCCGAGGGGCAGCCCGUCAUCGAGAACAACGGCGUCGCCAAGAGAAACGGCGAUAUAAAGGAGCCGCAGGAGUGGAGCGAGGAGGGCGAGGCCCGCGUCGUCCGACAGUAUCACUUCCUGAUGUGGAAGGACUUCGGGGCGCCCGAGUAUCCACAGUCGAUCCUUAAGUUCAUCAAGCGCGUGAACGAGGCGUGGGCGGCGGGCGCGGCGGGCGGCGCGGCGGCGGUGCACUGCUCGGCGGGCGUGGGGCGCACGGGCACGCUGGUGGCGCUGGACGUGCUGCUGGACGAGCUGCGGGAGCGCCGCGCCGUGUCCGUGCUGCCCACCGUCGCCGACCUGCGCCGCCAGAGGAACUUCCUCGUGCAGUCGCUGAAGCAGUACAUAUUCGUGUACCGCGCGCUGGUGGAGUACGCGCACUACGGCGACACGGAGCUCCCGGCCGCGCAGCUGCGGGCCGCCGUGGACCGCCUGCGGAGCACCCCCGAUGGCGCCGACCGCAGCCUCAUGGAGGUCGAGUUCGAGAAAGUGCUUAAGGGUCCGGUGGAGGAGCCCCCGCGGCCGUGCGCGGGCGGCGCCGAGGAGCUGCGCUGCAAGAACCGCAGCCAGGAGCACCUGCCCUACACCAGGAACCAGGUCAUCCUGGCGCCGCUGCCCGGCCGGGACUACUCCACAUACAUCAACGCUUCCUUCAUCGAAGCAUACGACAACUGGGAGGGCUUCAUCAUAACCCAGGACCCGCUGCCCAACACCAUCGCGGACUUCUGGAGGAUGGUCUCCGAGCACAACGUGUCCACCAUAGUCAUGCUGAGCGAGCUGGGUGAGGGCAAGUGCCCGCGGUACUGGGAGGACGGUGCGGCGCAGUACGAGCAGCUGACGGUGCAGUACGAGGACAGCGAGUCGCUGCCCUACUACACGCGCAGGCAGUUCCGCCUCAUCAGCAACAAGGGCGGCGGCGCGGAGAGCGUGCGGCAGCUGCAGUACGUGGGCUGGCCGACGGCGCCCGGCGCGGUGCCCGAGGUCACGCGCGGCGUCGCCGACCUGGCCGACCUCGCCGCGCCCGCGCGCCCGCACCGCCUGCUCGUGCACUGCCAGACGGGGUGCGAGCGCUCGCCGCUGUUCGUGGCGCUGUGCGUGCUGACGGCGCAGCUGCGUGCGGAGCGGCGCGUGGACGUGUGCGGCGCCGUGCGCAAGCUGCGGGCGCAGCGGGACAGGACCAUCGACACCUUCUCGCAGUACGAGUUUCUGCACCGAGCGAUCUUAAACUACGCGGAGCUACAUAAUCUACUAGAAGACAGUUAAAUGUAUACAGACUUUAAACACAUCGGGAUAAGGCUUAAAAUGCAACGUGAAUGUUAGUGUUGAUUGCGUCCAAACAGUAUUCGCGCGUCGGUAAAUAGUUAUCAGGCAACACAAGCAAAAGUGCGAUAUUCAUGUUUUUUGACGGAUUGAAAAUAUUCUUUAUUUUCUUAACAAUUAGGUUGAAACUGUAAUGAGUGAAGUCUCGAGGUAUGGUUCCGGUAACCAUUUACCAUUAGACAAUCUGUAAGCUCAGAAAGCUUCCUUAUAUCGCCAGUGGAAAGCUUCGGAAUGCUCCGAAGUAGAAAUUAAUAAUUUGUAGACAUUGACAUUCGCGUUUUUACGUCCAUCGUCUGUUGCCGCGUGACGUGACGACGGACGCUGUACAACAUAAGGAUCUCUCUUUCUCUCACACACACACUCAUCCCCUCUCUGUCUCUUUCUCUCUCGUCAAGCAAGCGUGAAGGUGAUAGACAGGGACGGCAAUACUGAUUUGGUGUAUUAAUUAUAAUAGAUUUAACUUUCCUUUCGUUUAAGUUUUGUAUAUUUUGUGUAUUUGUAAUCUUUUUUUUUCAUAGUUGACGAAAGAAAUGAAAGGGUUGUUUUAAAUUCUGAAUGUAAAUUCUCGCGGACAAGUUUGAAUACAUUGAUGUGUCUGUCUCGCUCCAACACGGCUCAAUUAGUACGCGUGCGACCGUGACAGGAUCGGUCUGCUGACGUCAUCGUCUCGCGUUCACAAUAUCGUAACCGUGUGUGCUGCGGCGGAGGUAAUUUUAACGCACUCCUAAUGUGUGCUUAGUGCGAGCUUUUUAACGUUCUCGAUCAGGUAAAAGUUAACUUGAAUUUGUAUGGAGUUGGAACAGUGCGGCAAACGAAGGGAAACUGUUCCAACUCCAUACAAAUAUUUAAGCACACUGAAUCAUAUUGGAAGCUUUAUAAGUAUAGAUAUAACACGUAGAGUGGAGGGGAGGAGUGUACAUUCAGAAGUUGAAGCAUCUCGCGUCCUGAUAUGGGACUUGCAGUAUAGAUGAGCGAGUUAGUGUUAGAUCUGCCCUAGUUAAGUUCCCGUGAGCCCUGAUGCUCCGCGCUAUUGUCCAAAGAGAUGACGAUAUUUAUAAUGUUACGUGCGUAUUUAUUUUGAUAAUGAUAACAGAGGCCAUUUUAAUGAUAUCACUUUUGAAUUAAAGUUUUUUUUGUUUUUUUAAUAGUAAUGUGUCGGAAUGAGGUUUUGUGAAAAUCUCAUCGGGUAAAUGUUAUUUCAAAGCCAAAUCGAGUACCCCAGUGUAGCACAAAUAUUUGGACGAAGUUGAACGCGCGUGCGCCCGGUGCAGUCGCGCAUUACUGGCAACACCGUCGUUGGGCACAGUGUUGCCAGUAAUUAAUUGUAAUAAAUUUAAAUCGUGCAUGGGAAAUUCCAAUUGCGUGUUCCGCGCUCACAAGAAUCGCAUGCUCGGACACAAGUGUCCCGGGUCAGCACUGACCGGAGCACGCGCGUUAACUGCGUUAGAAAAUUUUUUCGAUGUGUUUACAAAGAUUUUUUUAAAGUAUUUUUUUCGUAAAAUGUUUUCUAUAUAUUGAAACGUACGAGGCGACUCGUGCCCGCGACUGUCUAAACGUAUUUUCUAUAUUUAGGAUUAACGAUAAUGUAAUUUGUAAUUAGAUUUUGUACCGACAUAUUAUUAGUAUUGUAACGAUCUUGUAAAAGUCGAAGUGUGAACGAAUGACGGAUUUGUAUCUGUGCUGUUCUUUGAUUCACUGCGGACCGCUUUAAAGAAGUUAUUUAUUUAUUUAAACGUAACUAUAGAGAAAACUUAUGAUUAUAUUAUAGUCUGGAGAAUAUGAGAAAUAAUUCGAACUGUUUUUUUUUUUUUUUUUGGUAUGCAAUUUUGAAAGUGAUUGAAACUAUAUUUAAGUUGUAAAUGUAUUGUGAUAUAUACAUGCUCAAAACAUCAAAUACUAAGCUUUGUAACGUGAGCACGUCCGACUGUGGGGCUCAGGGUCGUGAGUUCGGUACCGGCGCAAUGUUUUCUAUUUGUUUCGUUGUUAAUAUCUAAAUAAUAAUAGCGAGCGAAUAUUGAAACGUAAACAAAUAUCUAUAGGAACUCUAGUUGGCAUGCCACGGGGAAUCCCCUAUGAUUUGUUCAUUUACAGUUUGUUCUAUGUUAUUUGAAAACUUGUAAGCUAAUUUUUUUUUAUUGCCUGCCUACCGUUAAGUACUCUCCGCAAGCCUCGUUUGAAGAAGGACAUGUCAUAGCGCUCUGGAAACAUCGUGAAGGGAAGCUCAUUACAAAGCCGGAUGGUGCGUGGGAAAAUGAUCUCUAGAAACGCACUGUCGAUGAACGCAGUGGCUCCAGGUAGUAUGGAUUAAUUUUACUCCAAUGGCGGGCGGUGCCUAUUCUCAACCGAAAACUAACUUGAACAAAGAACAUCACAGAUCUGUAAGCUCUCAGUAUAAGUAAGUAGGGAGUCAGCCUAAAGCAAGCUUUUCAAUUGGGUCCUCGCGUACGUACCGCGCCGCGACUGAGGAACUUCUGAAGAACUAGUCCAGGUGAAUACUCGUGAUCCAUAGAAAUCUUAAGUGAUUACAGUAGAUUGGGGGAAAUCGGGACGUUUUCCAAUUCAAAUACAAAUUUUCAGCAGUUUUUGUUAGGGUAAUACCAACAAAAUUGAGAUUAAAACGGUUCCGGAGGCUGAUACCAUGCAUUUAUUGAAAAAUAUACACAAAAACUUUAAAAAACUAGCUUGACCUGAUUUACCUUGGCUUUUGGGGUGAAUCGGGUCACGUAUGUGGAGAAUACAGUUCUUCGAUAGGGCUGGCACUGUUUAGUUGUUAGGUAGGUACUUACCUUUAGGUAACUAACUUUUUAAUAUCUCGAAUCAGUUACAAAACUCUGAUGACUAAAUUAAAUUAUUUUAAUAUUCUCAAACACUAAAUAAAAGUUAUUUUCAAUUCAACAAAUUUAAAUCUCACAAAUGCAUUGUGACAACCCAGAUUUGUCCCUAUUCUACCCCUAGGCCCAUUCCCCCAAUCUACGGUAACAGCACGCAAUGCAACACAAAACAAAAUGGCGCGACGUACACGUGGGGUAAAACGUUUGAAAAUGCUAAUGAACUUUAAUUAAAUUAUUAUUUUGUAUGCAUCGAUAAAGUAAUUGGUGCGGCAUUCGUCAAAUUUCUCCAGUAAAACUGUAACAAACUGGUUUUAUUACUUUAAUAGAUAUCUCCUUUAGUUCUUUUGUAUCGCUAUGUUCGCAUUUCUUGUUGUUCGAUGACGUCACAACUCAGUUUAAUACAUUUUAAAAUUUAUCGCUUCUCCCAGCCACAGUUUGCAAGAGAUAUCCUUUAAUAUAAUAUAUAAAAAGAUUUACAUGCAAUUUUACCUAUUUGAAAAAAAAAUUUUUUUAUCUUAUAAGAUAAAAAAUACCUCUUUUAAGUUUUAAGUGAAUAUCUUCAAAGAAUCUGAUACCUUAAGGUCCCGGUAACCACGUGACCUCCAGGGACCCGCUUCGAGAAAGGCUGGUGUAAAUAAUAAUAUAGUUAUUAUAAUGUUUUUAUAACGAUGCAUACAAUAUGUAUUUGGCCUUAGAAUCUACUAUUUUUUUUUUCGUAUUAUAAAAUUCCACAAAAAUUAGCUUGUAAGAGUUAGGUUAAUGCGGAAAUUGAAAGAAAUUGAAUUUAAUGGAAUGUUGUUGAGAGAAAAUAAUUUGAGUGCAACAAUGCAAUUGAAGUAAUUAAGUUAUCAUACAAUCGAUUGGCACAAUGGGGGGCAGUUUAAAAAUGAUUUUACUCAUUUAAAAACAUUUUUACCGUUCAAUAUGGCAUAUGUGUGUAUAUUACAUGUUGCAUAUGUAAAAUCGGUGAUGCAAGUAUUCAAAAAGCCUUGGAAAUUGUAAACUGAUUAAAGCCGUAAGAGAGCAAACAAAUUUAGUAGAAAUAAAAAAUACUAAUAUAAUAUAUUUACCAUCUUUUUCAUUACAGAUAUGUUUUCACGCCUGUUCCUAAUCAGUAAGCUACCCGCGUUGCAUAAAUAAUAAUUAUAAUUGAUUUAUCUAUGGGACAAUAGCCUUUUGAUAAUUGAUAUUAAAUAUGUCAAUUGACUGGUGGUCAACUGAACAGUUCAAAAAUGUGUGUCCCGCAGUGAUACCUCACAUUGUCCUAUAAAAGUGUGACGACCAUUGGAUUAAAGUAUAAAAUAAAAACGUAAAAUAAAACUAUAAAGAUUUGAUGUGCCAUACUAUUUAGAGAUUAUUAUUAUAAUUAUAUUUAAUAUUUAGUUAAUAAUUCUUUAACGCAUCAUAUAUGACCUUAAAAAAAAAGGUUAACAAUAUAAUUAUUUGUUUUCUCUCAGCCACAUUCCGUAUGCUCUGAAGAGAAUGUAAAUGAAUACAAUAUUUGUAUUAAAUUAAUUGAGAAGCAAGAAAGGCUCAGAUCGCUUCCUAGAUAAUUAUAACAAUGCGCUUUUUUUAUAUAAAUUAUAAUAAAUAGAUAGACUUUUAUACAUAGACUGUGUCGAUGCUUUGUUUAGUUAUUAGCCUUUUUUCACUAGUACUGGUGUUAUAAUUAUCAAACACAGAUGUUUUUUUGGAAGUGAUUCUAAAAGAAUUUGAUUUUAUAUGAUAUUGAGAGGUGAAAGGUUGUUUGGCUUAAGCGAAAUUUAUCUUUGUUUAAUUAAAGGUCCGUUUUAUUUGGUAUUAGCAUCAACAGUUCGAUAUUUUUAAUUGGACUUCAAUUAUGUUUAUUAUUACUUGGGGUAGCAAGGGGGCGUGUAAAUAGCCCUCCUGCGGCGGGAGCAUAUAAAGCGGGGUUGUAGAAAGGCGUGUAAAUAGCCGUCCUAAGCGGUAUGUGACAAAUGUUUGUCACUUAUAAUUAGCGGAGCGGUAAAACUAUAUAGCGGUAAACAAAAGCUAGUAAUCAAACUAAAGAUAUAAAUUAAAUACACAUAAGCGAGCGGGCGGGCGGAUGAUUACACGGAAGCAGCAAUAAAAUGGCAAUAAAUUAAAAGAACUUGCACUCACCUGUAGACCUUGCCAGUGACUGUCGUGCGGGCGUCGGCGAUGGAAGCACGCGGGGGGCGGGAGGGGGUGACGAAGCUCACGUAGCUUUUCGUAAGCUCAAGCACCACACAAUAUACAAGUGCCGCCAUCUAGGCAGCUAGCGGUAAAGCGUGAUCGAUCGGGUAGAACCACGCUUUGGAUAGUCGCGGUAAUUAGUUACUGACAAACUCCAAAGGUGGCGCCAUCCCAAUAAUUCACUAGCAUCCCAUUACUAAAUCCGCGUGACCAUCCUGCCCGCCUUGAAAGUUCGCAGGACUUUCAACAAAUAUAUAAAGAUACUAAGAUAGGAAGCAUAAAGCUUAAAUAGCGGGAAGUUAUUUGAAAAGAAACAAAUUUUAAUUAAUAAUAAGCCAUCAUGAAUGUUUACGAGUAGAGUUGAAGCGGUUGAUGACAUGCGGUACUCUAAUUUAUUCUAGCGGUAGCGGAUAUAAUUUUACAACUGGACGUUUAAGAAAUCCAGAUUUCGUUUUUACCAAAGCAACGCGUAUAAUGUUAUCGGCACCUGGAUACACCUCUUGUAUAACGCCAAGUGGCCAGCGGAGCGGUGGAAUGUCAUCUUGAUGAAUAAGAACUACUGUCCCAACCUUCACGGGGUUAUCUGAUGUACACCACUUCUGUCUGACUUGCAACGUAUGCAGGUACUCUAAUCUCCAUUUCCUCCAAUAGGAAUUAACCAAACUAUCUAACAACGCUUUGCGAUUAGUUAGACUCAUCUGAUUUGCGGACAAUUCAGACGCGGGUAAAUACUGCAAAGGAGUGGACAUCAAAAAAUGUGCGGGUGUGAGAAUUUCGGGGUUGGGAUCUGCGGAUAAAAGACAUAAAGGUCUGGAAUUCAUAAGACAUUCUAUUUGAUUCAACACAGUUAACAUCUCUUCGUAAGUGAGAAUUUGUGCGCCUAUUACUCUAUUUAAAUGAGUUUUAACGGAUUUAAUGUUUGAUUCCCAUAAACCUCCAAAAUGUGGAGCCCGAGGCGGGAUCAUCUUCCAAAUGAUUCGGUAUUUAGUUAAUUCAUCAUUCCAUGCGGAUAUAAAAUUAUUUGAAACUAGAAGUUUAUACAUUUCAUCUAACUGAGCCUUUGCGCCAACAAAAUUAGUGCCAUUAUCUGAAUAGAUGAAAGAAACUGGACCUCGACGAGAUAUAAAACGUUUGAAAGCGGCAAGAAAUGAGUCCGUGGACAAAUCCGAGGCUAACUCAAUAUGUAUAGCCUUUGUCGUUAAGCAUACGAACAGGCAAAUGUAAGCCUUUUGUGAAUGAUGACCACGUUUGCGUACAAGCGUUAUCUUAAAUGGGCCCGCGUAAUCUACUCCCGUGUGACAGAAAGCUUUGGCCUCCAUUACACGGCUUGACGGAAGGUCAGCCAUCAUGGGAGUUGGGUGUGAAGGUGAUACUCGAAAACAUGAUUUACACAUAUGCACUCUUUUUCUUAUAACGUUUCUAGCGGACAAUAUCCAAAAGCGUUGACGAAUAAUGGACAUCAAAAGGUCCGGACCAGUGUGCAAGUUUGUAUUAUGAAAAUAAUCAACAAUAAUAUUUAUUAUGUGAUCGUGUUUUGGCAAUAAAGCGGGGUGUUGCGUUUCAAACGGUAAAUCAGAGCUCGAAAGUCUACCCUGAAUACGCAAAAUUCCAUCUUCGUCAAUAAAUGGACUAAGUUUACGAAUAUUUUUCGAAGGUAAAUCUAAUUUUCUAAUGCUGGCAAUAUCAUGACCAAAAUAUUUAGCUUGAAGAGCUCGAAUAAUAGCUUUCUCAGCAGUAUUUAAAUCGGAUGCGGUUACAAACUUGUUUCGCGGUAGUUUUCUUAUAAAUCGAAGUACAUAAACAACACAGCGAAGAAGUUUUGACCAUGACGAAAUUCUCAACCCAAGUUGAUAUAUUGGGGAAUCUUCGACAACAGUUAAAGCGGUAAGUGUUACAGAUUUUUUCAUUUCAGGUAUGUCACUUCCAGAUUUACAAGGUACAAAAGGUUCAAUAGGCCAUUGUGAAAUAGGAUAGCAGGCCCAAGAAGGACCCUGCCACCAAAGCGAGUUAUUAAUAAUUUGUGACGGUAAAAGACCUCGUGACACACAAUCGCUAGGAUUUUCCUUACCAUUAAUAUGAAAAAAGCGGUCAGGUGAUAAAUUCUCCUGAAUUUGAGCGAUGCGGUUUCCUACAAAUAUUGACCAUCUAUGCGGGGAAGAUUUAAUCCAAGAAAGAGCAAUUGUAGAAUCUGAGAAAGCGUAUAUAGCGGUGAUAGGAUGUAAAGAAUUAUAAGCGUUAUAAAUAAGUUUAACUAAUUUUGACAAAACAAGAGCGGCACAAAGCUCAAGGCGAGCUAAUGUAGUUAUUUUAACCGGAGAAACCUUUGAUUUUGAGCACAAUAAUCUUAAAGUAAUAUCUCCUGUGGGAUCUGUAAUGUGUAAAUAAACAACGCAACCGUAAGCGUUCAAGCUUGCAUCACAAAAUGCAACAAUAUUUACUUCACAGUCUUUAAAAACUCCAAUAUGGCGCGGUAUUGCGAUAGUUGAAAGCAAUGGAAGCUCUUUCACAAGUGAAGAGUAGCGGUAAAUAAUUGUAUCUGGAGGUGUAUCAUCCCAGUCUAUUUUAGAAUUCCAGAGUUCCUUAAUAAGCAAUUUAGCGAACAGUAUAACUGGAGCAACCAAACCAAGCACGUCGAACAAGCGUGCGACUAAAGAUAAUAUUGUUCUUUUAGUGCACUUUUCAUUAGUGUUUGAGCUCGUCAUAAAAAAUGAGUCAUUAGCGGGAAGCCAUGCAAGGCCUAAAACUUUCAUGGUAUUAUUAGCAUCAUCAGAGAAGCUUACAGAAGAGCGGUGCGUUUCUGGAAGGCUAUUAAGAAAGGCAGUGGAGUUACUUGCCCAUUUUGUUAAAUUAAAACCUCCUGAUUUAAAGAGUGAAAUUAGUUGUUUCGAUAGUUUGAUAGCUGAAAUAUCUUCGUGUAGGGAUGUGACGAGAUCAUCCAUAUAUAAUUGAGACUCAGCUACACUAGCGGCUUCUGGAUAACGAUAACAUUCUUCUGAUGCUAAUUGACGUAUAGUACGCAUUGCUAAAUAAGGUGAUGACUUUAAACCAAAGGGCAGACAGUUAAAAGCGAAAAUGCGAAGUUUAUCAUUUUUAAAGCGGUACAAUAUUUUUAAAUAUUUAUGGUGGUCUGUGGUCACCCUAAUGCGUAAGUACAUUUGUUCCACAUCAGCGCACAAUGCCACAGGGAACAAACGAAAGCGGAGUAAAAGCAAAAAUAAGUCUGCCUGUAAAUUUGGACCAGUAUGCAAGACGUCAUUAAGUGACAGUCCACUAGAUGUUUUAGCACUAGCAUCAAGAACUACACGUAGUUUAGUGGUAGUCUUGCUUGGGCGGAUAACUGCAUGGUGCGGUAUAUAAUAACCGUUAUCGGUUUCCUUAGCGGUGUCGUUAAUUUCAGUUAAAUAACCUUUACUAAUGUAAUCCUGUAUAACGAUAUCGUAAUCAUCGCGGAGUGAGGGUAAUUGAACAAACUUACGUUCGAGCGAAAGAAAACGGCGGUGAGCAACAGCAUAAGACUUGCCAAGGUCAGCGGGAUUUCUACUAAAUGGUAACUCAACCGUAUAUCGGCCAUCAUUAUCGCGGGUAAUUGUAGAAAUAUAUUUGUUUUCACACUCGGCUUCCUCAGGGCUAAGAUGACGCUCAUGAGGAAUCUCCUCUAAUUCCCAAAAUUUAUGUAAAAAUGACUCAAGGUCUUUAUGCGUUAUAGAUGAGAAAGUUUUAUUUAAAGUGAAUGCAGAAUGAAUUUUAGUAUUUUCGAAAGCGGGUGGAUUAUCAAUAUAAACUGUACUAGAUAGUCACAAAGAGGUAUUAUUAUCAUUUAUAACAGAAAAAUUAUCAUGUUGCGGUUUCAUAAUGCCGGUGUAACUCACUUCAGGUACGUCACCCAUAAGAACAUAACCGAAGGUUGUUUCUACGGCAGGUGGCGCUAGUGAGCCGGUAUCUAUACGAUUACCUAAGUAUAUAUAUGGAAAUAACUGAGCACCUAACACCAUAUCAAUCACACCUGGAACGUUCCAGUUUGAAUCGGCAAGCGGUAAAUUACGUAUAUGAUUCAUAUUUGAGGAAUUUAUAAAAUAAGCGGGUAAUUUAUCUGUAAUACAGUCUACUACUAAAGCGUGAAUAUAAUAUUUAUUAGGAGAAAAUCUAGAUUCAAUAUUUAAAUAAACAUAUCCGUGAAUCGGGCGAGCGGUUAAUCCAAUACCUCUAAUAUAAGAAUUAUUUAAAGGUAUAAUCGGUAAUUUAAGUAAUUUACAACAAUUGACAGUUAUUAAAUUAUUUUGGGAACCAUUAUCUAUUAAACAUCUAACUAUUUUACGUUCCCCUUUAUUCGAGUGAGCGUAUAUUUGAGCGGUUGAUAAUAAAAUAUUACUAUUCGAUUUUAUUUCCGAACUGUGAGUCAACGUGGUAGCGGUCGUAUUAUUUUGUUGUUGUAUCGUUCUGUUAGAGUGUAAACAAGUAUUCGAAGCGGCAUCAUAAUGAUCGUAACUCUGAACAACAGGUUGAGAUUGAACCUGGGACCGACCGUAAUCGGGCCGCGCGGCAUCACUCGGAAUUCCAUGUACCUGCGACCGACUGACCUGCCUGUCCAUAUCAGCGUAGUCAUUCGAUGGACUGGGUACGCUUUUACUUUUUCGAUUCGCCCGUUUAUUACCAAAACACAACAAAGUAUGAUGAUAUUUCUUACAAUUAUUGCAUGUUAACUUUGAUUGACAUGCUUUUAAUGUAUGCGAUAAGCUUAAACAAUUGAUGCAACCCUUGUGCGAUUUAAUAAAAUCAUAACGUUCUUGCGGUGAAACAAUAUUUUUAAAUUCAUUACAACGAUAUAACUGCGUGUGGUGCGAGCUCGAGCAAAGAUCGCACGUAGAUAACGAAACCGGUUUGUUAACCCUUUCAGUGCGGACUGGGUCAUUAUAACUACUGGAAAUAAACGAUUUGUGAUUUUUAGAUUUCUCUAUGUUACAUUUCGGUGCAGAGCGUUCUAAUAUUUUUAUCUGAUCCUGUAUGAAUUCAAUAAACAUUUCAGUUGUGGGUAUUUCAAUACCACGAACCGAUGCUUCAAACGAAUGUAAAGUUUGAGGAUCCAACCUUCUCAGUGAGCAUUGUAAUAAAAUAAAAUCAGUCAAAUCAAGUAAAUUUAAUUGUUUUAAAGCGGCAAUCGAAGAUGAAAUUUUUUCAAUAUACAUAUUUAAACUAUUUGCGGUAGGUGAACAAUUUUUUAAAUCUAAUAUAUUAUUCAGAUAAUGACAUCCUAAAGCUCGUUUAUCCUGAUAUUUACUAAUUAGAUUCGACCAAAUAAUAUUAUAAGUUUCACCUGUGGGUAUUAUACCAGCGGUUAACUUUAAUGCACUAUGUGUUAAUUUGCCCAUUAAAUACUGCACACGUUGCGCAUCAGACAGUUGCGGGUUAUCGUGGAUGUUAGCUUUAAAAGCCUGGUAAAAUGUUUCCCAUCCUUCAAGAGAGCGUCCGUCAAAGGAAGGAAGUGAAAUUGUUGGCAAUGUUACAUUUAUGGCGGCGGUAGUUCUCAUUACAUUUGACGAAUUACCAAUUGUAAUUUUGUUACGAGCGCGUCUUACGUAAUUAUAUAACGUGUCAAAAGACGAUAAAGCUGCGUAUUCAGGCUCAACUUCGGGGUUUUGCUUUAAAUUUAAAUCAUUGAUAUCAUCCAAAUUGCUUUCAAAUCUAACACGCAUGUCAUCAAUCGAUUCUGAUUCGGCAAGAAAAGUUUCAAUUAAUUCCGAAUCAAACUCCGAAAUAUUUUUUGAUUUAUUAUAUAAAUCAUUAAUUUGUGCAAAUACUAAAUUAUUCUUCGCGAUAAGUUUCUUUAGUUGUCUAUUUUCCAUAAUGAAGUUUUGAAAUAACUGACUAAAAAAUAACACUAAAUGAACUACGUUAAUAAAUAUAAUUCAAUAUGCGGUUACGAGUUAUUAUUACUAAUAGCGAUGAAUGUAAUUAACUUUUACAUACAAUACAAUACUGUAACAAAAUGGCGAAUGGGGGUAAUCAUAAAUUAAUUCUAAUUUUAAUUAAAAUUUAAGCUGGAUCUAAUCCAGGCUCGCAGGACCAAACUAUGGGGUAGCAAGGGGGCGUGUAAAUAGCCCUCCUGCGGCGGGAGCAUAUAAAGCGGGGUUGUAGAAAGGCGUGUAAAUAGCCGUCCUAAGCGGUAUGUGACAAAUGUUUGUCACUUAUAAUUAGCGGAGCGGUAAAACUAUAUAGCGGUAAACAAAAGCUAGUAAUCAAACUAAAGAUAUAAAUUAAAUACACAUAAGCGAGCGGGCGGGCGGAUGAUUACACGGAAGCAGCAAUAAAAUGGCAAUAAAUUAAAAGAACUUGCACUCACCUGUAGACCUUGCCAGUGACUGUCGUGCGGGCGUCGGCGAUGGAAGCACGCGGGGGGCGGGAGGGGGUGACGAAGCUCACGUAGCUUUUCGUAAGCUCAAGCACCACACAAUAUACAAGUGCCGCCAUCUAGGCAGCUAGCGGUAAAGCGUGAUCGAUCGGGUAGAACCACGCUUUGGAUAGUCGCGGUAAUUAGUUACUGACAAACUCCAAAGGUGGCGCCAUCCCAAUAAUUCACUAGCAUCCCAUUACUAAAUCCGCGUGACCAUUACUGGUGGUAGGACCUCUUGGGAGUCCGCACGGGUAGGUACCACCACCCUGCCUAUUUCUGCCGUGAAGCAGUAAUGCGUUUCGGUUCGAAGGGUGGGGCAGCCGUUGUAACUAUACUGAGAUCUUAGAACUUAUAUCUCGAGGUGGGUGGCGCAUCUACGUUGUAGAUGUCUAUGGGCUCCAGUAACCACUUAACACCAGGUGGCCUGUGAGCUCGUCCAUCCAUCUAAGCAAUAAAAAAAAAAUAAUAUAUAAAUUAAUCUGAAAUACACAGUGAAAACAAAUUAAUAUCAGUGUUUGAUUUUAACUCCAGUUCGGACUGUACAAACUAAUAUGAUACAGUUUUGUUUUGUAAAUAUCCACUUUAAAUCACACGAUGCAUGUUUAAGUAUAGAUAUCAUCAGUUUCGUGUAAAUGAAGAUAUGAUUUUGGAUUCAUUUGGUUUUAUUUUUAACAAUUUUUCAAUGUAAAUAAAUAAUGCAGGUAAUUGUAAUAUGAUAUUUUUGAAAAUAUACCACGAUAUUUAGAAA